GGUUCCGGUUGCUGCCACUGCCGCCCGCGGUCUUGGGUGUCCCGGGUGAGCACAGUUUGCGCUUCGCGCCGCACAGUGCUGCGCGCUGGUUGCAGUUCGGGGGCUCGUGGUGCCCCUGACUCCCGUUCUGGGCGAUGGUGCGGCCUGAGGCUGCCUCCAUCCCCUGCCGCCGCUGACCUGGGUCCUGCACUCCAUGGCCGCCUCGGCGCCGCCCCCACCGGACAAGCUGGAGGGAGGUGGCGGCCCCGCACCGCCCCCUGCGCCGCCCAGCACCGGGAGGAAGCAGGGCAAGGCCGGUCUGCAAAUGAAGAGCCCAGAAAAGAAGCGAAGGAAGUCAAAUACUCAGGGCCCUGCAUACUCACAUCUGACAGAGUUUGCACCACCCCCGACUCCCAUGGUGGAUCACUUGGUUGCAUCUAACCCUUUUGAGGAUGACUUCGGCACCCCUAAAGUGGGAGGUGCAGCCCCUCCAUUCCUUGGCAGCCCUGUGCCCUUUGGAGGCUUCCGUGUACAAGGGGGCAUGGCAGGCCAGGUACCCCCAGGCUAUGGCGCUGGGGGUGGAGGGGGACCCCAGCCACUUCGCCGACAACCUCCCCCAUUCCCUCCCAACCCUAUGGGACCAGCUUUCAACAUGCCACCCCAGGGCCCUGGCUAUCCUCCCCCUGGCAACAUGAACUUCCCCAGCCAGCCCUUUAACCAAUCUCUAGGUCAGAACUUCAGCCCUCCUGCUGGGCAGUUGAUACCAGGUCCAGUGGGAGGGUUUGGCCCUAUGAUCUCACCCACUAUGGGACAGCCUCCCAGAGGGGACCUUGGCCCACCUUCUCUCCCCCAGCGCUUUGCCCAGCCAGGGACACCUUUUGGCCCGUCUCUUCAGAGACCUGGGCAAGGGCUUCCCAGCCUGCCCCCCAAUACCAGUCCUUUCCCUGGCCCUGACCCUGGCUUUCCUGGCCCUGGUGGUGAGGAUGGGGGGAAGCCCCUGAAUCCCCCUGCUCCCACUGCUUUCCCCCAGGAACCCCACUCAGGUUCCCCCGCUGCUGCUGUUAAUGGGAAUCAGCCCAGUUUUCCACCAAACAGUAGUGGGCGGGGUGGGGGCACUCCAGAUACCAACAGCUUGGCACCCACUGGCAAGGCAGGUGGGAGCUCAGGGCCCCAGCCUCCACCAGGCCUAGUGUACCCAUGUGGUGCCUGUCGGAGUGAGGUGAAUGAUGACCAGGACGCCAUACUGUGUGAAGCCUCCUGCCAGAAGUGGUUCCACCGUGAGUGCACGGGCAUGACUGAGAAUGCCUAUGGGCUGCUGACCACUGAGGCCUCUGCUGUGUGGGCCUGCGAUCUCUGCCUCAAGACCAAGGAGAUCCAGUCUGUGUACAUCCGAGAGGGCAUGGGGCAACUAGUGGCUGCUAAUGAUGGGUGACACUGGCAAGGUGGCCUGGAGAGGUGUGUCCCUCUUGCUCUGCUAGGGUGUUUGUCAGGCUCUUCAAUCUUGUUUCCACUGCUUCCCAUCCCCAUGGAGCAGAAACAUAAUGGUUCCAGGGCAGAAGAGCCCAGACUGCUCACCUUUCUGGAAACUUGUGCAUUGAGAUCUAUAGGUUCAGGAAACCAAAGCCCUGCUGAGCAGAGCCGUUUUUUGUGGCUAUAUCUGGAGGCCGAGGGAUGCGGCUGCAGGAGAAAAGAUGGAGGAGGCUCUCUAAGGCAGGGGUACCCCAGCUGCAGAUGACAGGUGCCCUAACACCUGUGCCUAACAUCCCCAUCCAGCCCCACAGCCCUGGCUCAAGGGUGCAAAUUUUCUUGGGUAAGAGACUUCCUAUCUCUUCCCAUUUCUACCACAGCCCUUUUGCGGGCUCUAGGAGACAGCUUUAGGGAAUAAAUGCGAUUUCUCCCUUUUUCUGCCUUCCCUGUUACCUCUCCCAAGCCUAUCCAAUUCCUCCCCUUCAGAGUACCAAAUAGCUGGAAGAGGCAGGAGUUCCUGGCCGUGGCAGUUUCUUGGUGACUUGGGGAGAGAUGGCUGUCAGGACAUAGCUUCCUCAUACCAAAGUCACUGGUCCUUUCUCGGCUUGUUUUUUUAACUCCUAGUAACUUUUUUUUUUUUUUUUUUUUGCCAAAAAUUGGGAUAUGUGGCCUGGCAGAGCAGAAUAUUUGACAUUGGAGCUGUCCUAGAGACCUGGACUCUGGUGGCGCAGCCCUCCCUUGUCCAUCUGUUGCACAUUAUCCUCAGCUCUGUUCUUCAACUCUUGGCGCCUUUGAUCCCCACCCCCCUGGCCGCGCUGAAGGAAAGCUUGGAAGGGCACAGAGCCCUCAUACCUCAUUUCCUCUCAGAUAAAGAGUCUAAAUGAAAUCUUAUUACAACCUCGUGUAAGUAGGUGGAGGCACGAUCCUCCGUGCCGUGGUACUAAAAGGUAGAAAAGCCUCACGUUUUUUGUUUUUUCUUUGCUAUUAGUACCAUCUCCAGCUUGGUGAUCUACCAUUUGUCAUUCCUCGCAGCCACAAUCCUGCAUGGGGCCUGAUUUGUUUUAAUUUUAAAUCACUGCCUGCCAGUGAUGGGCCUAGUAGGGCCUGCUCAGAGCCUCUUUCCCUACAGCUUUUGUGCACAUUCCUCAGAGGGGUGGGAAAGGCAGACCUGGGUGUGGCCCCCUGCCCUAGCUACAGUGGCAGAUGCUACCUUCUGCAGCUCCCCACCUCCACUUCACUCAGUCUGCACUGUGGAGAGGAGGCCCUGCACGUGGAGCCAGCAGCCUUUGAGGCUGUGUGAAGCAAGCAGGCAGCCUCUGGGCUUCACUCCUGGUGGACUCCACACCAAAACAGCCUCUGUGGCAGCCCCCCUGCUCGAUUUUGUGUUGUGUUUGUGCUUCUAUUUGCCCCCCUUUUUAUCUGUUGCUACAUUUGUGUUGUGUUCCCCUCCACGGUUUGUAAAAUGCUCCUGGGGAGUGUCUGUCCCAUCUGCCCCCUCUUGCCCUCUCCACUACUUUUUGGAAGAAAGUGGCUGUGGCGGAGAUUGGGAUCUUUUGUAUGGUUGGAUUAAUAAAAUGGCUUGAAAAUCCA